AUGGAUGAUAAAAGUGGAGAAGAGAUGUUUGGUUUUCAAAUAAAAACUCGCCAGAAUGUGGCAAGUUCUUCGGCUACAAGAACACCAAAAUCAUUAGUUUCUCCCGGCAUAUCUACUUCCCCAAGACCAGCAGCAAGUUCUCCAAAAGGUUCCCCAAAUGCAGUUUUUGGUGAAAUCGAUACAAGAGCACCUUUCCAAUCUGUUAAGGCUGCUGUUAAUUUAUUUGGAGAAGCCUCACCGAAAUCGGGAAAACCUAAAUUUAGAACUAAAACUGGCGAAGAGCGAAUGUUGGAGAAGGAGACACAACUCCAUUGGACGUUAAAGGAGCUUGACAAGUAUAAAGAACUUCUAAAAAGUGCAGAAAGUACUAAAUCACAGGCACAACGUGACCUAGAAAAGACUAAAAAGUCAUUGCAGGAGCUAACUAACAAGCUAGAGAUGAUAAGUGAAGAUAAGCAAGCUGCUAUUGAGACCGUAGAGGCUGCAAAAGCUCGAGCUCAAGAACUAGAGUUGUUAAAAACUAGCCAAAGCCAAAUAAUCAACGAUGGUUGGAAAGAAGAUGUGGACAAUGAAAGGAAUCAAUAUAAAACAUCUGCUAAUGAACUUAUAUCAAUCAAGCAAGAAUUGACUAGCCUAAAACAAGAUUUUGAUGCUGCUUUAGAAGCUAAGUUGGCUGCUUUUCAACAGGCUGCAGAUGCCCAACAUGCUGCAAAAGUCAACCACCAGAAAAUGGUUGAACUCUCAAAAGAAGUGGACAAUAUGCAGGAAACUCUUCACCGGGUGAAACUGGCUUCUGAAAAGGCUCAUGAAGAGCACAUUAAUCAUAUAGAAGAUAAAGAAGCUCGCAUAGAGACGAUUAAAAGGGUCAAGGAAGAUAUAGACUUGAAGAUUCAGUCUUUGAGAAAAGAACAUGAAGUUUCGGAACUUAGGAUUCUAGGACAGAAGCUAGAAGAGAAAAAUGAAGCCAUUAAUGUUUUAGAGGAACAGUUGCGCGAGGUACGUGUUGCAGAUAUGGAAACGUUAGAAAAUGCUAAAUUAGAAGUAGAAAAAGCCAAAAAGAGACUUGAAGAAACUAAAGAUGAAGAAGCCUCACUUGGAGGAGUGGUGGAAACACUAAAACAGGAUCUUGAGAAAGUGAAGCGGGACAUUACUUUAUUGAGGGGAGAUGACUUAAAAAGAGAGCAACAACAAAUCGAAUUAGAGAAAAUUAAACAGGAAAUUGAAGAGGCUACAAUAGAAUUAACCAAAGCAACAAAUAGUAUUGAGGAACUAGAGUUAAAGAUAAAAGAAACAAUGUCUAAAGCCGAAAAUAUGAAAAAAGAAGAAGAAGAUGUUAGCAAAGAAGCAGAAACACUUAGGAAACAAGUUGAAAACUCUAACACAGCCAAUAAAGAUGCAGAAGAUCAGCUGGAGGUUGCUCUUAGAGAGCUUGAAAAAGCGAAAGCAGCUGAGGAGCUUGCAAAUGAUCAAAUACGUAAAAAGACAAAUAAAGAUUCGGGUUCCAGGAUGGAUGAUAAAAUCAAGUUGACAUCUCAAGAAUAUGAAGCUUUGAAAAGGAAAGGCGAGGAAGCUGGAAAAGCAGCUGAUUCCAAAGUGGCAACUUCAAUGUCGCAAGUGGAAACAAUUAAGAAAAAAGAGAGACACACACUUAUGAAGCUUGAGAAGAGCAUCAAAGAAAGUAAGGAUAUAGAAGUUGCACUUGUUGAUGCUUUAAAGAUGGCUGAAAUGGCCGAAGCAACAAAGGAUGCAAUAGAGAGUGAACUUAGGAAGUGGAGAACAGAAUGA